AUGAGGGCAGCCGAAAGGCUUUUCGUUGGGAUCUGGGCAGUCGGCCAUGCAGCAGCCUUCUUUAUCAUGCCUUGUUCUAAACCAGUGGUUGUUGAACGUGCCGAUCCCAUCGUCAACCCGGGAGCUCUUGCUGGACAUGUCCACACCAUCAUGGGCGGCAACGGCUUUGACUUCAGCAUGACCUAUGAGCAGGCUCGCUCCGCAAGUUGUUCAACUUGCAAAGUCACUGCGGACUUAAGCAAUUACUGGAUCCCGACUCUCUAUUACCAAGGGCAAGACGGCAAAUUCACCAGCGUUUCUCAGUCCGGAGGCAUGCUAGCCUAUUACUUGUUUCGGCAAGACCCAAAAGAUCCCGAGUACAACAACGGGCUUAUAGCAUUCCCCAAGGGCUUUCGUAUGCUGGCUGGCGACCCCAAGCUCCGAAGCUUCAAUAAUACCCUAGAGCAGCGAGGUAUUACAUACGUGUGCUUGGGGAAUGGCGGCCCCCAGACCAAUGGGUUUCCUACACGCAACUGUCCCAAUGGAUUGCGACUUCAAGUCUUGUUUCCAUCGUGCUGGGACGGCGUAAACCUGGAUUCUCCUGACCACAAAAGUCACAUGGCUUACCCAGGGGGGUUGGACAACGGCAUAUGCCCGUCAAGCCACCCCAAAAGAUUCCCAACUCUGUUUUACGAGGUCAUCUUCAACGUCAACGAGUUCAAGGACAUGUGGUAUGGCGAAAGUGGCACCCAGCCGUUCGUAUUGUCCAAUGGCGACCCGACAGGUUAUGGUCUCCACGGCGAUUUUGUCAACGGAUGGGACGUCAAUGUGCUCCAGGCUGCCCUCACACAAUGCAAGGAUGGCGGAGGCAGUAUCGAAAAAUGCACAGUAUUCCAGUUCUUUGACGAUGAGACAAGAAGGAACUGUCAAGUUCCAGUCAAAGUGGAUGAGAGAGUACAGGGCCAGCUUGACAAGUUGCCAGGCUGUAAUAGCAUUCAGCGCGGCCCUGGCAAUGCUCAGUCGGAAUCAGGGUGUGGUGCAACAACUGAGAUUUCGCAGCCCCAAUGGGGAUACAAGGACGUAACGAGCACGCUAAAUUACAAGUAUCUUGGCUGUGCCCGCGACCCGUCGGGCCAGGGUCGAACUCUUCCGAGCGCGAAGACGUCUAGCGAUAGCAUGACGGUUGAUACCUGCAUCAAGCAUUGCGAUGGAAAAGGCUUUGCAUAUGCGGGUCUGUCCUACGCAAAAGAAUGCUGGUGUGGUAACUCGGUCGCUGAUGAUCGCAUGCCCAAGAAGGGACUGUGGGGUGGAUGCAACAUGCCUUGUUCGGGUAGCCCGAGUGAGAUGUGUGGUGGAUGGGCUGCCCUUUCGCUCUACCAGAAGUGCGACGGAACUUGCCAAAAUGCGGAGUUAAUGUGA